AUGGCUGUGAAGCUGCCGUUUCGAAGCGCGUCCGACGGAAAACGACUUGCGCAUUUGGGCAUCGGAAAGUAUUGAAGCAAACUGUUAAAACUUCAUUUUUAACCUCAACACUUUCAGUUAUUAUGCAACAUUUUUCGAGCUUUAUUUUUCACGGCAAAACUUCUUCUUUUAUUUUGAAGCCCCCAAAUUCAAAACAAGUUCGAAAAACUGACUUUCUCUAGUUUGGCCAGCCUUGUUUUCGGGUCGAAAGGGGAUUUUUGCCCUAUGUCUGCCUUUAAUGAGGAUUUCAACCGUGCCAAACAACACCAAAUUCUAAUUUUCUUUCUUUUUUUUUCCGCCGCUCUCGUCUCAGGUUAUGUAUCAUAGGCGUGAGAAGUCUCCAAAACUUAUUUCCUUUUUUUCCGAGCUUUCCGCCUCAUUUUGGUUAAUUAAUCAGUGUGUUAAGACUUUGCUGCCCUCGCGAAAUGUGCCGUGAUAGGAUAAACCAGUUUUGCUCUCCGAGAACCAACUACUAUUUUCCUAUAUUUCUCGAUUAUUCUCUGAUAAAUGAAAGGUUUGAGUGAAAGAAACUCAAGUUGAUAGAAUUUCAAAAAAGUGAACCCUGGAGUUUUGAGAAGUAGAAUCUCUUUUACAAUUGUAGAUUUUUUUCCGAGUUUUCGAUUUUUUUAUUUUAUUUUUAUCGAUAAUUAGAAUCAGCACUUGUUUUUUUCAUGAGAAAAAAAUUUUUCAUUUUAAUGGGAAAAACUAAAAAUAUUCUAAUUUUUUUAAUUUGAUAUGUCCGCACAUGAAAUGACGCGACUAAAAGCUUGAUUUGGAACGCGCCCGACCAAAAACGACUUACGCGUGUAGACAUCGUAAAAACUCUAGCAAGCUGUAAAGAGACGCAAACCGUGACGCUUUGAGACAGUACUUGGAAAAAAUAAAGCAUGAUAAAGCUGCCAUAAAAAAUUGAAAGCCGCUUCAGAAAUUAGCUCUUUUUUCAGAUUAUUUGUUAUCAAGUACUUUUUCUUGAUACUCAACAUUCUGACUGAUUUGAUCUGCGCUCCACUGGCCUUAUAUUUGACCCGUCAGUUCUACAGAACCACUGUGAUACAUCCAAGUCUCAAAUUGAUCUAUGUCGUCCAUUUCUGCACUUUUCAACUUUAUGCCGCUGUUUCAAUCGUCUGCCUUCUUUACCAGGGCAACAUUCUCAUAACACCAGGUAACUCUUUUUGUCUUCACGCUCAGUGAACCCGAUUAGAUGUCUGAUGAUCGGAAAUCAGACAAGUCGAAAAAAAAGAACAAUGCCUCACAAGGAAGAUAAUGUUACUUGGUUGUUAAAAAUUCUCUGAAAGGUAGCCAGAAUGUAGAUCCCUAACGUCUUGACUUACUGAUUUUUUUUCACAAGCCGUGAAAUUUUCAACCGGGAAUUUUUUUUUUUCAACCGUGAAAUUUUUAACCGGGAAUUUUUUUUUUCAACCGUGAAAUCUAUCAAAGCAUUCUAAAACGAGCAAUUGUCAAGCUAGAUUCUUUAUUUCUCGGUAACCAAGAACUUGUCCAGGUUGAGACCCCCAGAAGCUUCACUAUCCAGAAGUAUGGAACAACUAUUCUUACAGAAACCUACCCGGAAGAUCUUUUGAUAAACUUCGCCGGCUCUUACAAAAUGGGAUACAUGUGGUCCGCAUUAUUCUUCACAUUGUUGAUUAUCAUCGAGCGAUUGGUGGCGACGAUAAAAAUGAAGAUUUACGAAAAAUCGCAGAACAUAGCCCUUGGCGUUGUUCUUUGCUGUGUCGAGGUAUUCAGCUUCAUCUCAGCAUGGCCCUCAAAAAAUAUUCAAGAAUAUUUAUCCUUCUAGAGCUCUUUAUUGUGUGUCGAACAGUAUAAGGAAGUCUAUGAAAUUGGAGUAAAUUAACGUCAAAGUAGGAAAGAACAAAGUGUGAACUUCGUAAAAAAUUUCAUAUUUACCGGAAAACUUGGGGCUUCAACUUUUUUCCUCUGAGUUCUGUUGUCUCGACUUUCUUUGGUUUAAUAUUCCAAGUUGGAUUCAUAUUUUCAUAUAGCUAUCCUUAUCAAAUGAAAUUAUAUAACAUGAAAAUAUUCAGCAACUUGCCUCCGGUUACUGCACCUGGCUAUCGGUAACCAAAUCCUUCGGUACCUUUGAUGGCAUUUUUAUUCUGUUCUUCCUUGUCAUCCCUGUUCUGCUUGUGAGUAUUUUGAUUUACUCAAACUUUUUAGAAAGCUGGGAAUAAGGUCUUUACCCAGUUCAAGGAAAACUGUUUAUUGCAUCUUCGAUGUAAGAAUACGUGUGCAAUCGACUUUCAUUGAGUUAACUGUGUUUAAACGGCGGCAGGAGCUGUGGCUUAGGCAGAGAAGUUGUGAAUCUUGCUCGUAGAACAUCAGGUACAAGAGAGGUCGUAGGAAGAAGUACGGUGCUGGCUUUUCAAAGGACGAUGACAGAGAUUAAGCCUUUUCGCUGCACGCAGCUUUAUCCAAUAUUUCCAAAAAAUUCAACAACUUUAAGCUGGCUCUUUGUGGUGAAAACUGAUUGAAUUUUUAGAUUUUCGCUGUAAUUUACCAUUUCAACAACUUACAACUGGCUCGCGUCUCCUCUCCUUUCACGUUGAGUGAAAAAUAUCAAAUUAUUGAAAAUCUACAUGUUUUUAAGGUUUGUUCAAACUUUAACGGCUUUAAUCGCAUCUGGAAUGGAUCAAAGCGUUGCGGUCACAAUGUUUUAAUGCAUUCAUGUGCAAGUUGUUUUAAGUCGGGUGCACUUUAAAGCAACCGCUAUAAGUUAGAGCCACUCCAGGUGUGAGCGAAGACUUCAAAUUCAGAAUGAAAACUUUUCUUUAUAAACUAUUCAGGCCCUGCAUUACAUUGUCGGAUUAUCGGGAUUCAAUUUAUUCAUCACAACUUUAUUGAUUAUUGCCACACGAACGAUUGAUCUAACCGGGCGAAACGAUUUAUUGCAAAUCUUCAUUUGCUUCUUCCUCGAACUGUUCCUCUCAAUGUAAGUUUCUUCUCUUCAGCUCUUCAAUGAAAUACCCAAUUUCCAGAGUGCCUGUUCUAACCAUGUGGCAGCUCAAUAGAAACGAAUUAUUCAGGUUGGACUUCUUUUUCUCAUUUGAAGAUUAUACUUAGAGUUUUCAGAAAGAGCGUGAGAGAAAAGAUAAUGGCGCGACAGCAGGAAGGAGGCGAAUACUACUUCAAAGACUUGCGAGAAAGCUGGAAAUGA